AUGAAAUAUCUUUUCUGGCUUAUCGUUCUUAUUUGUAUUGUCCAUGGCCUUACAGUUCACGCAUUACCUCCAGUUGAGAAUAACCGCGCGAAGAAACCCUGUAAAACCAAUGCUGAUUGUGGCGGAGAUUUAUGCGACACUGAAGAAGGA